UACUUAUAAUCUCGGCGGCGUCUAGGGUUGGUGGGAGAGUCAGGCCCGUGCCCCGGCCCUUGGACUAACCCUCUCAUUUUAAACAAAAUUGAAGACCCGGCGGUUGCUUACGCCCUAGCCUUGUGACUUCCCCAUGGGCAUUUGCUCCCAAAGGUCUUCGGGUCUCGCUGAGCCCGGGAUUUAGAGAAACGCGAGCGGCGACGGAACCCGGAACGAUUCCUCCGCGGAACCAUUGAGACGAAGUCCCUGGGGCGCGUGGAGGGACUGACCGCGUGGUCCAGCCAGACCCGCAGGGAUGGCGGCGGAGCCGACUGAUGCGGGCACGGGGGUGGCCGUCCCCGUGGAGCUGCGACGCGAGCGGCGCAUGGUGUGUGUGGAGUACCCGGGAGUGGUGCGCGACGUGUCCAAGAUGCUGCCGACUCUGGGCGGCGAGGAAGGCGUCUCCCGGAUCUACGCAGACCCCACCAAGAGGCUGGAGCUAUACUUCCGGCCCAAGGACCCCUACUGCCACCCUGUGUGCGCCAACCGCUUCAGUACGAGCAGCCUGCUGCUCCGGGUCAGGAGGCAGACAAGGUGGCAGAGGGGGCUGCCAGGGUCCGAGGCCCAGCCCAAGGUCACCUUCGACAUGGAGAUCCUCGGCAUCAUCUCCACCAUCUACAAGUUUCAAGGAAUGUCCGACUUCCAGUACUUGGCUGUGCACACGGAGGAGGGCGGCAGGCACACGUCCAUGUAUGACAAAGUGCUCAUGCUCAAGCCCGAGAAGGAGGCUUUCUUCCACCAGGAGCUGCCGCUCUACAUCCCCCCACCCAUCUUCUCGCGGCUGGACACCCCGGUGGACUACUUCUACCGACCGGAGACGCAGCACCGGGAAGGCUACAACAAUCCCACCAUCUCAGGCGAGAAUCUGAUUGGCCUGAGUAGGGCCCGGCGCCCCCACAACGCCAUCUUUGUCAACUUUGAGGAAGACGAGGUGCCCACGCAGCCACUGGAGGCUGCAGUGCAGACGUGGAAGCGGGUCUGCACCAACCCCGUGGAUCGGAAGGUGGAAGAGGAGCUGCGGAAGCUGUUUGACAUCCGUCCCAUCUGGUCACGUAACGCCGUCAAGGCCAACAUCAGCGUCCACCCUGACAAGCUCAAGGUCUUGCUGCCCUUCGUGGCCUAUUACAUGAUAACUGGCCCCUGGAGAAGCCUAUGGAUUCGAUAUGGGUAUGACCCCCGAAAAAACCCAGAUGCCAAGAUUUAUCAAGUCCUUGAUUUCCGAAUCCGUUGCGGAAUGAAAUACGGCUAUGCUUCCAGCGACAUGCCUGUCAAGGCCAAGCGCAGCACCUACAACUACAGCCUCCCCAUCACUGUCAAGAAGACACCCAGCCAGCUUGUCACCAUGCACGACCUGAAGCACGGCCUGGGCCCACCAGGUACGGUCGGUGCCCGGAAACUGGCCUCCAGCAAGUACAAGCUCAAGGACUCAGUCUACAUCUUCCGGGAGGGGGCCCUGCCGCCCUAUCGACAGAUGUUCUACCAGCUGUGUGACCUGAACGUGGACGAGUUGCAGAAGAUAAUCCACCGCAAUGACGGGGCCGAGGACUCCUGCACAGAGCGGGAUGGCUGGUGCCUCCCCAAGACCAGUGACGACCUGAGGGACUCAAUGUCCCUCAUGAUCCGGCAGACCAUCCGCUCCAAGAGGCCUGCUCUCUUCUCCAGCCAGGCCAAGGCUGACGGUGAGAAAGAGCAGCUGACCUAUGAGUCCGGGGAAGACGAAGAGGACGACGAGGAGGAGGAGGAGGACUUCAAACCCUCAGACGGGAGUGAGAACGAGAUGGAGACAGAGAUGCUGGACUAUGUGUGACGCGGCCUUGGCACAGGGCUGGGCCUCCCUGACCAGGCGAGGCUGCCGCCCAGCCUGAGGGGGGAGCAGGGACAGCUCCGAGGAAAGCCGGGGUCCCAGAGCAGGCCGCAGCCGGCCCUGGUCCCGCCUGUGACCUGCUGCUCGGGGCUGCCCUCCAGCCCUGGGUGCUCGGGGACAUUGCUAAGGGUUCUGCCUUGCUUUGCACAGCCACGAGCCAGCCCAGCGUCCCGUGGCUGAGCCGGCAGCCUGCCUCUCUGUGGCUGAGACCAGCAAAACAGGUGGAGAUGGUGCAGCUUGGGGAGGGGCCUGUCUCCACGUGGGUCCGUGGCUGACAGGGGCGUGAGGAGCCCCGCCCGUGGUCACAGAUGGCGGGGGGCUAUGCUUGCACUGGGAUCCCAUCCAUCUGGGGUUGCCUGGCAAAGGCCCGGCCCAGCUGGAAUCGACCUUGUUAUUAAAUACAUUUAUUAUUUACAUGAUUAAAGACAUUUCCCAAGA